AUGAGAUAUCACCGAUUAUCUAUUACAUGGGUCAAACAAAACGAUUUGGAAGUUUCCAAAGAUGAAGCAAUACUUAAAAUAAAUGAAAAUCAGAAAACACAGUUAACAAGUACUUGUCACAGUUCGGCUAUAAAAAUAACCAACUUCAUCCAAGCCACGCAACAAAAACCGUUGCUAAAAGCAUCCUUUGUGGAAAGCGGUACAAAUGCUAGAAAAAAUAUGGCUGAGAAAAAUCAAAAAACAGCUUUUGGAGCCUUUUGGAUUCGAAAGAGAAAACACUGA